AACAUCCUGAGAUCUCAUACCUUCCGAUUCUUAAGUGAAGAGCUGUGGACUUAAAAUCUAUGCCUUGAAGAGAUCCCUAAAUCCAGUUUGAGAUUCCUGGAGCACUGAUCAUUUCCUUCCUUCACCAUCACCUUCAACAAAUUCAACAGAACAGAUCUGAAUAAGGCUGACUUGCUUGUGAGGCAAGAAUUUUAUGUUCAGCCAUUUCUCAAACCCCAGUCAGUGGCUGGCACGUUACUGGACACAGUAUGCCUUGGUCAAUGUAGAGAUCUGAAAUCUCUAAAUUCCAUCUCAGAACCUAGCAGACACCAUAAAUCCGGAAGGCGGAAGUAUAAACUUAAACAACAGAAUUUGCUGCUCUCCCUCCCCUAUCGUGCAAUUUAAUUCCUUACAGAUUUUGCCAUGGGGUGCGGACUUAGAAAGCUAGAAGACCCUGAUGAUAGCAGCCCUGGAAAAAUAUUUUCUACCCUGAAGAGACCGCAAGUGGAAACAAAGACAGAAUUUGCUUACGAAUAUGUAUUGCUGGAUUUUACUUUACAAGCCUCACCGAACCCAGAAGUCAUCAAGAUAAAUUCAAUUCCGGAUAUAGUAACAAAAGUGGAAGACUACUAUCUUAAAGGAUAUAUUGUUGGGGCUAUUCAUCCUGUUAUACAACCUGUGGGGCAUCGAAAACACCUACCUGCAAGUUACCUGUACAGGGCAGUGCUAUUGCGCUUGAAGUUAAGCCUGAAGAAAUCGGCAGUACCCAGUGGACAAAGACGGCCAAGGCUUGUGAUUGAGGAAUGUCCUCUAACUUAUGAGACACAAACAAAUGACAUAGCAAAAGAACUGAUAGAAAAGAUUAAUAUAGCUGCGAAGAGAGGAAUGAAAUUUGUUGGAUUCAUAUCACAGCCUUAUCCACCACUUAAACUCUGCAACGGAACCAACUAUGAUGAAGAUCUAGAGUCAACGCUGCCUGUGAGACACCCUUCAGAUGAAAACUGUAAAAGCUGGAAUGAAGGAACACUAAGUGGGCAAUCAUCUGAGAGUGGAAUUGAGGAAGAACUUCAUCAUGAAAGUGGACAGUGUCAAAUGGACCGAGAUGGCAGCCCCAGUUACUCUAAACCAAGAAAGGGAGAAGAAUACAAGUUGUAUACAAUAUUCAAUGUUUUUGAUGAUGAAUCAACCUGCUGGACCUAUCAGGAAGGCAUCUUGUCAAUGAAAGUAACAAGAAAAGGAUCUGUCAUUAGUACACUUGAUGCUGAUUGGCUGGAGUUAACUACGUUUUAUUAUAAACAAGGCUUGUCUUUAAUUGAUUCUUUUGUAUGCUGGGAAACAUCUAAAGGGGACCAUUUGCCUAAAUCUUUGGAAGGAUUCUUUAUCUAUGAAGAAGAAGGUUCUGGAGUUCCAGGUUCCAGUAGGAAAGGAAAUGAUGCCAUCGUAGUAGAGCAAUGGACCGUUAUUGAGGGCUGUGAAAUCAAAACGGAUUAUGGCCCUCUGCUGCACACUCUGGCUGAGUUUGGAUGGCUCCUGACAAGCGUGUUGCCUACACCUAUACUGAGACAUGACAGUGAAGGGAAUUUGGCUACAAAGCAGGUUGUGUUCCUUCAGAGACCAGUUAUGUGGAAUUCAGCUGCUCAAACACCAGAAAGGAAAGCGAGCCGGCAUACAAAAGGUGAAGACAGGACCAAAGUCACCAGCAGGAGCAUCGGAUUGGACACGGCCACAUCACAACAGACAGACAGCAGAGACCCACCUGAGGAGUGCUUCCUCUCUCCUGCUGGAGAGUGUUGGACAAAGGAGAGGAGGCCGACACAGUACAGCAGCUUCUCCGGCUUCAGCAGCAAUGACAGUGUCCUACGGGAAUUAGACGACGGUCAGUUUGACCAGGAAGAUGGAGUAACUCAGGUCACUUGUAUGUGAGCAAUGAAGUAAAGCAAUGGAGGGCCCUGUAAAUAAUUAUUAAAAUAAUUGUCAACUGACUUUAUUGUAUUACUUUAUCUGCAUUUAUGUAAUACUUUGAAUUUUUCCAGACUCAGGCUUUCCUCUAAUCUGCAUAAACUUUGGCUCAACCUCCCAGACAAGGAAGAAUAACCAACAUAUUUGUAAAUUUAGAAUCAUGUUUACACUUCUCUCAACUAAAACAUCUGUUUAAACAGAUGUCUCAUUAGGUUUUUAACCAAUAAUCUACUUCAGUUUCUCAUGAAUGUACAAGAUGUACUUUUCAUUUAUUUUCCUGGUAAGAAGACUAAAUAUAUUAGCCAGUAUUUCACCUAAUUAGAAAGUUCUCAGGAAGUCAAAAUCUUACUUAAGCUGAAAAGCAGCCUCUCUCUCUUUAAAUCCCUCUCUCUCUUUCACAUACAUGUAAAGGGCUUAAUUAAUGAAAUACCUAUUUCCUGAAUAUAACAAUUAAUCCAAACUUUGUCUUUAACUAUUACAUGUAUGUACAAAGCAAGCCCCUGUUUGUGAAAAUAUUCUUCAAAAUAAAUCCUUUUGUAUGUCUUUUUUUUGAGAGAGAGAGAG